UCGGACCCGUAUGAGGUGAACCCGAUCCCCACCCAGGCGGCCAGUCCUCCAUCGUCGUCCCGUCCCACCCCACCGCGCGAAGCCCCCAUGCGAUCCCCUCGACAGCCCCGCCCCGCACCCGCGCGGCUCGUAGCCAUCGCGCUUCUCCUCGCGGCUCUCACUGGUGGCGCGGCCGCGGGCGCCAUCGGCGGCGAUGGGUACGGGCGCGCGAGGAGGCUGUACAUGAAGAACAAGGUCCAGGAGAUGUUCUACCAUGCUUAUGACAAUUACAUGGCUUAUGCAUUCCCUCAUGAUGAAUUGAAGCCACUUACUAAAAGUUUCACCGACUCCCUUAGUGAGCUUGGCAACCUAAAUCUUGAACACCUGCCACAGGAUUAUAAUGGAUCAGCAUUGACACUGGUUGAGUCAUUAUCAAGUCUUGUUGUCUUAGGUAACCUCACAGAGUUUGAGAGAGGAGUUCUCUGGCUUUCAGAUAAUCUAACAUUUGAUGUUGAUGCUCGGAUUAAUCUUUUUGAGUGUAACAUAAGACUUCUUGGGGGGCUUAUUUCUGCCCAUAUUCUUGCAAAAGACUAUAGCAGUCAGCUUAAAGAUGGACUAUAUCAGGAUCAAUUACUACAUCUUGCUGAAAAUUUAGGCAACCGUUUUCUGCCAGCAUUUGAGACACCUACUGGAUUGCCAUAUGCAUGGAUCAAUCUUAAGUACGGAGUGAUGGAGAAUGAGACAACUGAAACAAGCACAUCAGGGUGUGGUUCCCUUAUCCUUGAAAUGGGCGCAUUGUCACGUUUGACGGGUGAUUCUAGAUAUGAAGCUGCAGCUCUUCGUGCUCUUCGCAAGUUAUGGAGCAUGAGAAGUCCGCUGAAUCUAGUUGGUACAACACUUGAUGUGUUAAAUGGCAAGUGGAUUGAAUAUUCAUCUGGCAUUGGUGCUGGAGUCGAUUCAUUUUAUGAGUAUCUGAUUAAAGCAUAUAUACUUUUCGGAAGCGAUGAGUACUGGGAUAUGUUUCAUCCAGCUUAUCUUGCGGUGCAGAAGUAUUUCCGACACGGCCCUUGGUAUCAUGAGGCUGAUAUGAGGACUGGAGAAGCGACGCACUGGCAACUAACUAGCCUUCAGGCCUUUUGGCCUGGUCUUCAGACGCUUCUAGGAGACGUUGCUUCUGCAAAUCUGUCACACCGUGAAUUUUACAACAUAUGGCAAAGAUUUGGUGUGCUACCUGAAAGGUAUCUUUUGGACUAUGGAAUGUUGCAUCCUACAGAGAAGUACUAUCCCUUGCGUCCUGAAUUUGCUGAGUCAACAUUUUAUCUUUAUCAAGCAACCAAAGAUCCUUGGUACCUAGAAGUCGGUGAAGCUAUUGUUGGAUCACUUAAUUACUAUACUAAAGUGGAUGGAGGUUUUGCUAGCGUCAGAGAUGUUUCAACAAUGAAACUUGAAGAUCAUCAACACAGCUUCUUUCUUUCAGAAACGUGCAAGUAUCUUUUUCUUCUGUAUGACGAUUCAUUCUUGAGGAACCAAAACUACAUAUUUACAACAGAGGGUCACCCCCUUCCAAUAAGAAGCACAUGGCACGAGAAAUUUCCUGCAACACAUGUUCUCAGCAAUUGGUCAUUUAUUAAGGAUGACAGCCAACCUGUUCGUGUGAGUGCGCUAUCGUCUCUGGUUUGUCCAGAGACAAUUUUCCGAAAAAGCGUUGGCUCCCCGUGGGAAAGUGCUUGCCAUGUACCGGAUGUGCACCCUAGCCACAGAUGCAGAACUGAUGAUGACUGCGGGAUAGAGUCAGUAUCAUGCAGGAAGAGGACCUGCAGUAUGGCUGGCUUCUGUGGCUUAUGGCUGGUGGUUUAUUAGCAUCUUGACUUGCGGAGGAUAUACUGUUUUGCCAUUACUUCACAGGAGGAUGAAAAUAUGGUGAGGAGCUUGGAACAGUCGGCCUGCAACUGUACAUCAGAAUAGUGAUAUACCAUGAUCGCAAAUUUGCGGCGUCUCAAGUGCUGUUCAAAUUCGCCUUAGUGUUGUUGACCAGUACAUUUAUGCAGAUGUAACCGUAUCUUGAUGCAUUGAUCUGAAUUCUUUUUAACACCGCUGAACACCCUGAAUUUUUCAUAUCGUUUACAAUGA